AUAUUUAAAUGCAAAUUAAAAAUACUAAGCUGAAGGUCAUAAUAACAUUUGAACAUUCAAAGCAAUUUCCAUCUCUUUUCGAGUCUGUAAUAACAGCUGUCGUCGGAAAUGGACGAAGGUCGAAAUACAAACGACAACAUAAUUUACACAGAAAAUGGUAAAGAGCUAAUCUUUGCAGAAGAAACGGCGCGUCUGAAGUCAGAUGUCGAUGUAUACAAAUGGCGAUUGCAACCGAAAAAUGAAAAGCUUAGGGGAAUACUGUUCUUUGCCCAUGGCUAUGCAGAACACUCGCGUUGCCGGGACGAGUUUGUUAGGUUGUUAUGCGCUGAAUUGAACAUUAUUGUAAUUAGUCAUGACUACGUCGGCCAUGGAAGAUCCAAAGGGGAAAGAGUUUACAUUGACACGUUUGAUACCUUCGUGGAAGAUAUUCUUUGUCAUGUCGAUGAGUUCAAUGCCCUGCAUCCCGAUCUUCCAGUAUAUCUCUUUGGUCAUUCCAUGGGCGGUGCGUUAACCAUCUUGACAGCCUGUAGCCGACCAAAUUUUUUCAAAGCAGUGGUUCUCUCUUCUCCAGCUAUAGUUAUCGAUCCAAGUAUUGAGCCUGGCUGUGUUAAGGUUUUCGUAGGGAGAAUAAUCAAUCGGCUAACCCCAAGAUUCCAAAUUCUUCCAAAGAUCGACACAAAUGUUUUAUCUAAAGAUCCAAAAGAGGUAGAAGCGUACGAUUCGGAUCCGCUUAUUUGGCACAGUGGAAUGAAAGUACGCUUCGCUAUAGCCUUUGGCGACGCACUGGAUCGAAUAAAAUUGUUGCUUCCAAGCAUAGAAUGGCCUUUUUUGGUUGUGCACGGAGACGAGGAUAAGAUAACAUACAAAGGAGGUUCAGAACUGCUAGCAAAAGAAGCAAAAAGCAAAGACAAAGAAAUAAAGAUUUACAAAGGUCUAAGGCAUGCAAUGCUAGGAGAAGUAAAAGAGGAAGCAGACGCAGUGGUCGAACACAUCCUUGAAUGGUUACGAAACAGAAUCCCCUCCUGAUACCGAGGAUGAUUACUUACAUGUGUACGCAUACAUAUUAAACUAUAAUUUUCACAAAUUCUAUCUCCAGCUUGUACAUCGGUUUCAACCAUCUCUCUCACUACGUGUUUUUGACGAUCAUGCAAUUUGUGUAAACGAGUUUUCUGAUUUUAUGAUCCACGAAGGCAAACAACUAGUGUAUUGUUAAACAACGUUAAAACGUUUGAUUUGCACGAUGUGUUCUUCAGUUUUAUGUUUAUCAACUUCUUGAACAAAACUAAGUCUUAAACAGAACGCCUGUUUUGCUUGAUCGAAAAAAUGAUGCCACUAAGAUCGAAGUAACACAAUAUUGUAGAAUCCACUGUUUUACGUGUUUUUUAAUGUCAGCUAGCUAGGUAAUUAUAUAUAGGUCCCAUGUAACUCAACUGCAAUGUAAAUCUUACGGAACUGGUCUAAGUGAAUCAGAUGAAAAUAUUAUACUUGGCAUAA